GAAUUUAUCAAGGCCCCUGCUUUAUCCUUCCCGUUCGAUCACCUUUUCUUCUUGAAUCUUGAAGUUACAAAAGCGAAUUCCACAUCCAAAACACAAUAUGAAAGGAACAAAAACAUACUACAAUUCUACAAUUUCUCCCUUCAAAACCCCACUAAUUCAAAGAAAUCCUCCCCAUUGUUUCUUCCUCAAAAGCCAAAGGCUUCAAAUAGUGAUGAAAUCAUCUUCAAACCCCACAAUACCAUCCUUAAUUUUCUCUAGUCUAGCUUCCCUGCCUCAUUUCAUGUCCACCUUCUUACCUAAUGCCAUUAAUCCGCCUCUCCACCCUUCUGUCGAUCCAAACCAUGUUUUUACCGGAAACCUAGCUCCAGUGGAUGAGAUGAGUCCAACAGAAUGCCAAGUCAUCAAGGGUGAACUUCCACCAUCCCUAUCCGGUGUCUACAUCCGAAACGGUCCAAAUCCACAACACAAACCACACCACGCUCUACAUUUUUACGAAGCUGAUGGCAUGCUUCACUCUCUCCGGUUAUCCAGCGGGCACGCAACAUACUGCAGCCGUUUCGUUAAAACUUACAAGUACAUGAUCGAGCACAACGCCAAUUCCGCCAUCUUCCCCAAUGUGUUGUCCGGGUUUCACGGUUUCUUUGAUGUUCUUCACUCUUUGAUUACCGUAGCGAGAAUUAUAGUAGGGCAAAUAGACCUCAUGGAAGGAUUUGGUGUGGCCAACACUAGUCUUGCAUGCAUUGCAGAGAAACUUCUGGCUCUUAACGAGUCCGAUCUUCCAUACAUCAUUAAGUCCACUACGGAGGGCGAUAUCGUGACGUUAGGUCGGUGGGACUUUGAUCGGAAAUUACUAGCAAGCAUGACAGCACAUCCAAAAUUCGAUAUGGACAACAAGGAGACGUUUGCAUUCCGGUGUAGCCUGAUCUUCCCUUAUCUCAUCUUCUUCCGAUUUGAUAGAAACGGUAUUAAGCAAAGGGAAGUGCCGAUUCUUUCAGUAAAGAAUUCGAUUUUCGUUCAUGAUUUUGGUAUAACCAAGAGAUUUGCAGUCUUCGAAGAGACCCAGUUGGAGCUUUCUUUGAAGAAAGUGCUGAUGGGAAGAGGAACUCUAGUGGAAUAUAAACCGAACAAGAUUCCGAGAAUCGGGAUCAUUCCGAAGUAUGCUACAAGUGAUUCGGAGAUGAAAUGGUUUGAAGUUCCAGGGUUUAAUGCCCUUCAUAUCCUCAACUCUUGGGAAACUGGAGAGGACGAGAUUGUUCUUGUUGGAUCCAAUGUCAUGUGUUUAGAAAAUAUCUACCAAAAAGUAAUCAGGUUUUCAUUGGAGAAGGUGAAGAUCAACACGUCCACAGGGGAAGUUUCAAGAAGUGUACUUUCUCCCAGAAACUUAGAACUCGGAACUAUAAAUCCAUCCUUUGUGGGAAGGAAAACCAAGUAUGCUUAUCUAGGAGUGUUGGAAGAAAUCCCGAAGAUGUCGGGUGUGGUGAAACUUGACUUGGAAACAGGAGUUGAAGUUGGGAGGAGGUUUUUUGGACAGGGUCGCUAUGGAGGGGAGACACUGUUUGUCAGAAAACAAACAUCGGAACAGAUUGAGGAAUCUGAGGAGGAUGAUGGGUACUUGAUGACUUUUGUGCAUGAUGAAAUGAUUGAUGAGUCAAGUUUUCUGCUUAUGGAUGCUAAAUCACCGGACCUUUCAGUUCUAGCAGAAAUUUUCCCAUUGAUAAAAAGCACUCAACUCAGGCACCACCUUGAAGAAGAAGCUCUAGCAGUGAGGAUUGCUAAAGAUGGUGAGGAAGUACCAAACCCAAACCAUGACGUCUGGCUUAACAAUGAUGGAUUAUUGACCAAUUGGCUCCUCAACACAAUGAAUGAAGAAGCACUCAGCUUGGUGGUUGGUUGUGACAUAGCUUUUCAAAUCUGGAAUUGUCUUGAGGAACAUUAUCUAGCUUCAACAAAGGCACAAGAAUUGCAUCUCAAGGGGCAACUAGCAAACAAAAGAGGAGAUAAUGAGUCACUUGAGGAUUUCAUAAGGAAAUUCGGACGGACCUAUGAUAGGCUUGCUAUAAUUCGCAAGCCCCUCGAUGAUCUAGACAAGGUGACACAAGCAAUGUUAGCAAAAGGAACUAGGAAAGGACAAUUAUAUGCACUUGAAGGAGAAAAAUUCACUCUUGCAGCCAUCUCAAAUAAAGCUACAAACUCUAUAUGGCAUCAGAGACUUAAACACCUCAACUUCAAUGUCUUAGAAACUUUAGCUUCUAAAAUAACAUUGUGGUGUCAAAAUGGACUAAAAACCCAUUUGUGUGCUCUGGAUGUCAAAUGGGAGUUAGACUAUGCUGCAAACAAGCUUCAGCCAAGGUCUCUGCCUUGUGUCUUCAUUGGUUAUAGUCCAAUUCACAAGGGAUAUAAAUGUUUGCAUCCUCCUACUCAACGUGUAUGUUUGAAUGUUCAAGAGCCUAAAACUAUCAAGCAAGCACUUAAACUUCCACAUUGGAUCGAUGCAAUGAAAGAAGAGCUAGAAGCACUUCACAACAAUAAUACAUGGACAUCGGUUCCUUCACCUUCACCUCAAACAAACAUUGCUCAAAGGGCAUGGUUUGAUGCAUUUACUAUUCAACUCUUCCAAAUUGGGUUCUAUUGUAGUAGAGCAGAUUCUUCUCUGUUUAUUCUUCAUAGAGAAUGGGUUGGCUAUCAAAGCACUAGAAGAAGCACCACAGGCUAUUGUGUAUUUCUUGGGGAAAAUUGUAUUUUAUGGUCUUCAAAGAAACAACCUACUGGCACUCGGUCUCCAACUGAAGUAGAAUACCGAGCUUUGGCUUCUACCACAGCUGAGGUCACAUGGAUCACCUAUCUCCUUCGUGACAUUGGAAUGUCUCUUCCUAAUCCUCCUCAAAUUUUUUCUAAUAACAUUAGUGCCUUGCAUAUGUCUAUCAAUCCUGUCUUUCCUGCCCCCACAAAACACAUAGAACUAGACUACCACUUUGUUCGGGAAAAAGUAGCCCUUGGUACUUUGGUCACUCAAUACAUUCCUAGUAGGGACCAAGUUGUCGAUCCACUUACAAAACCACUUCCAUGUACACAGUUCCAAGUUUUGAAGUUCAAACUAGGGUUGGUUGAAUCACCCACCUCCAGUUUGAGGGGGAGUAAAGCUACUAAGUUACUCAAGUUUGAGGAAGAGAAAAACAAAGUACAAUAUGAGAUGAAGCAUUUAAGAGAAAAACUUGGGGUCAUGAGAAAAGAAUUUGAUUAUUUGAAUAAGAAAUCCAUGAAGGUUGAGGAUGAAGCACAAGCUAUUCUUGGAGCUUGCACUGCAAAGGAUAGUCCAAGAGAAGGAAACUCUCUUUGAGGUCAAAAGGAAACUCUCUUUGAGGUCAGAGAGAAUGGAAAAAUAGAAAUUGAGAGUUUGAUUGUUAAAUAUCAUCAUCACGUUUAUGAAACAGAACUCAAAGAGGUAGAAAUAAAGAUGAUUGAAGAUG